CGGGCCCCAGCCAGAUGUUCUCAACCGCCACGCCCUCGCUGGUGCACCCGGGCUCUUCACCCAACAGAGUAUCUCGCCAGGGCUCCCGGAGCCACUAGCAGCUCCAAACGUCCCCCAGCUCUCCAGCUCGCUGUCCUCUCUGCGCCUGCCCGCUGCCACUGAUCCUGCCAGCUGCGCGCGAAACCGAGGUUCUGACCAGCGAAGCGAGAGACGAGGCGGUGGCCCCUCUAGGUCCCGGGUCCUGAGGGGCUAAGGACAAGAAAAGAGAGCCCCCUGCCAAAAUGCAGCCGCCCUGGGGCCUGGCUCUCCCUUUGCUGCUCCCCUGGGUGGCAGGUGGAGUAGGGACCAGCCCAAGGGAUUACAGGUUGCCAGCUCUAGCACGCCAGCCUGGGGUCUGUCACUAUGGAACUAAGAUGGCCUGCUGCUAUGGCUGGAAAAGGAACAGCAAAGGAGUAUGUGAAGCUCUGUGUGAGCCCAGAUGCAAGUUUGGUGAGUGUGUGGGACCAAAUAAAUGUAGAUGCUAUCCAGGAUACACCGGGAAGACCUGCAGUCAAGAUGUGAAUGAGUGUGGAGCCAAACCGCGGCCAUGCCAGCACAGGUGUGUGAAUACACACGGGAGCUACAAAUGUUUCUGCCUCAGCGGCCACAUGCUUCUACCAGAUGCCACGUGUUCAAACUCCAGGACAUGUGCCAGGACAAACUGCCAGUACGGCUGCAAAGACACAGAGGAAGGGCCACAGUGUGUGUGCCCAUCCUCUGGUCUCCGCCUGGGCCCAAAUGGAAGAGUAUGCCUAGAUACCAAUGAAUGUGCUUCUAGCAAAGCUGUCUGCCCUUCCAACCGAAGAUGUGUGAACACAUUUGGAAGCUACUACUGCAAAUGUCACAUUGGUUUCGAACUGAAAUACAUCAAUCGCCGAUAUGACUGUGUGGAUAUAAAUGAGUGUGCUCUGAAUACCCAUGUGUGCAGCCUCCAUGCCAAUUGCCUCAAUACCCAAGGAGCCUUCAAGUGCAAAUGCAAGCAGGGCUACAGAGGCAAUGGACUUCAGUGUUCUGUUAUCCCUGAAAAUUCUGUGAAGGAAGUACUCAGAGCACCUGGGACCAUCAAAGACCGGAUCAAGAAGUUACUGGCACACAAACAAAGCAUGAAGAAAAAGCUGAAACUUAAAAAUGUCACCCCGAGACCUGCCAGUACACACACACCUAAGGUUAACUUGCCUUUCAGCUCUGAAGAGAGGAUUUCCAGGGGCAGGAACUCGAAUGAAGAACAAAAAAGGAAGGACGGAAGGAAGAGAGAAGAGCUUGAAGAAGACAAAGGAGACAAAGUCCUGAAGAAUGAGAUAGAACAGGAGCGAAGCCUUCGAGGGGAUGUGUUUUCCCCUAAGGUAAAUGAAGCAGAGGAUUUGGAUCUGGUCUACUCCCAAAGAAAAGAGCUAAAUUCCCAACUGGAGCACAAAGCAGACUUAAACAUCUCAGUUGACUGCAGCUUUGAUCGUGGGGUCUGUGACUGGAAACAGGAUAGAGAAGACGAUUUCGACUGGAAUCCUGCUGACCGAGACAAUGCUGUUGGUUAUUAUAUGGCAGUCCCUGCGCUGGCAGGGCGUAAGAAGGAUAUUGGCCGAUUGAAACUUCUCCUCCCUGACUUGACACCCCAAAGCAACUUCUGUUUGCUCUUUGAUUACCGGCUGGCUGGAGACAAAGUAGGAAAACUUCGAGUGUUUGUGAAAAACAGCAACAAUGCCCUGGCAUGGGAAGAGACUAAAAAUGAGGAUGGGCAGUGGAAGACGGGGAAAAUCCAGUUGUACCAGGGGAUUGAUGCUACCAAAAGUGUCAUUUUUGAAGCAGAACGUGGCAAAGGCAAAACUGGAGAAAUUGCAGUGGAUGGCGUCUUACUAGUGUCGGGCUUGUGUCCAAAUGGUUUUUUAUCUGUAGAGGGUUGAGUGUCACUGUCCUCCUUUAUAGCUUCAUAUGUGGCUUGCUAUGUCAUUUCUCUGGGGUUUCUUUUUAUAUCAUAUCAUAGGACUCUUCCAUUUACAAAUACAAACUGAAAAUGUAUAAUGUUCCAACAGAAAUGUUUUCAUAAGAUGCCUUUCUUAUAUCAAAUGUACUAAGACUUGCUUUAUAUAUAGCACCACUGUGCCUUCUUGUUUGUUUCUGGAUUUUCCACAUUAUAUCACAAAGUGUGGAAAUGCCAGCUCAUCUCCCCCUACCCAAUAUAUUGCUUUUCCUACAUAAGUUGUUGAACUCUUCUAUAUAACAUUUCUAGAAUAACAGCAACAGGAAAAAAUAAAUACAGACAAAUGGUCAAUUGUUCGGGGCUGGAGAGAUGACGUAGAGGUUAAGAACACGGGCUUUUUUUU